AUGCACCUUUCAUUUGGGAUCUGUCAAAAUGCCUUUGAAAGUAUCAAAACGUACUUGCUCAAUGCUCCAAUUUUCGGGGCUCCUAUUUUCGAAAAACCACUAAUACUUUACAUAACUGCCCAAGAGGAGUCAUUGGGGGCAAUGCUUGUGCAAAAUGAUGAAGAGAACAAAGAACGAGCACUCUACUAUCUGAGUCGAAGAUUGACUGAAAAUGAGCUCAAUUAUUCACCUGUUGAAAAGAUGUGUUUGGCACUUGUCUUCUCCUCGCAAAAGUUAAGGCAUUAUUUUCAAGCACACACAAUUCAUCUCGUGGCCAAAGCAGACCCGGUCAAGUACGUCAUGUCCAAACCUAUCCUCUCAGGACGCUUAGUAAGAUGGUCUCUCCUCUUUAAUGAAUUUGAGAUCGUAUAUGUCCCACAGAAAGCACUAAAAGGGCAAGCAUUAGCAAAUUUCUUGGCGGAUUAUCCUAUUCCAGCUGAUUGGGAAAUAUUCGAAGAGUUCCCUGAUGAAGAUAUGCUAUUUAUUGAGGUUCUUCAGCCCUGGACGAUGUUCUUUGACGGGGCUGCUAGAUUGGAAGGGGCUGGAGCUGGCGUCAUAUUUGUCUCUUCACAAAAACAAGUCCUACCUUACGCAUUCAUACGUAGAGAAAAAUGUUCAAACAAUGUCACUGAGUAUCAAGCUUUGAUUCUUGGUCUCCAAAUAGCUACUGAAAUGAAGAUUAUAGAUCUUAAGAUCUUCGGAGACUCCAAGCUAAUAAUUAACCAACUAUGCGGCGACUAUGAAGUGAAAAAAGAUGACUUAGUCCCAUAUUUUCAAUAUGCAAGUCACUUGUUGAAAAAUCUUGAAGGAGUGACGCUUGAGCAUGUGCCACGAGAGGAGAAUCGCAUGGCAGAUGCACUAGCUAACCUAGCAACAACCUUGUUGUUGGACUACCGCCUCGAAGAAGCAAAUGCAAUCAUAGUCGUGCCCAUUGAAGACAACGAUUGGAGACAACCCUUGAUUAAUUACCUCCAACGCGGAAAGCUUCCAAAUGACCAUCGACAUAGGGCAGAGAUAAGACGACGAGCUCCUCGAUUCAUCUUUUUCAAAGAUACUUUAUUUUGUCGAUCAUUCGAAGGUGUCUUUCUCCGCUGUCUUGGGAAAGAAGAAUCCCAACAAGCAAUGGAAGAAUCCCACUCUGGGAUCUAUGGGGCACAACAAUCUAGUCCAAAACUUCACUUUCGAGUAAAAAGGAUGGGAUACUACUGGCCUACUAUGGUCAAGGAUUGUCUGAAUUACGCGAAAAGAUGCCAAGCCUACCAAUUCCAUGCAAACUUUAUCCAUCAGCCACCAGAACCAUUGCACCCUACAGUUGCCUUGUGGCCAUUUAAUGCAUGGGGGUUAGAUGAAGUUGGACCACUUACCAAGUCUUCCGUUGGCCACUUGUACAUUCUGGCUGCAACGGACUACUUCUCAAAAUGGGCUGAAGCUAUUUUGGUCAAGGAAGUCAAGAAGGAAACCAUUGUUGAUUUCAUCAUGUCAAAUAUCAUCUUUCAGUAUGGAGUGCCAUGUCACAUCAUCACUGACAAUGGAACACCCUUCGUCAAUAAGUUAAUGGAUAAGCUUUGCGACAAGUUUGACUUCGUGCAAAGAACCUCCUCAAUGUAUAAUGCACCGGCUAAUGGGCUCGCAGAAGCAUUUAACAAAACAUUGAGCAACCUCUUGAAGAAAGUGUUGAUAGCCCUCCAAGAAGGCUUGACUAAUGAAGAAAAUGCAAAACUCCGCCUCGCUGAGUUAGAAGCACUAGACGAGAAGAGAUUGGAAGCGCAACAACAAUUGGAAUUCUACCAAGCUCGAAUCUCUAAAGCUUUCAACAAAAAGGUUAAGCCUCGAUGGGAUGGUCCAUAUAUGGUGGUGGAAGUCUACAACAGCGGAGCGUACAAGAUAGCUGAUGAACAAGGUUUCAGAAUUAGGCCAAUCAACGGAAAGUUCUUGAAGCGCUACUAUCCCUAA